AUGACAAGUAUAUUUAAUAAUAUAGUUAGAACAAGUAAACCACAGAGUAUGGCGUGUAUGGCAUGUGGUGUAUUACCCUAUAUGAUUAGAAACAAUGAAAUAUUCUUCUUGAUGGGUCAAGAGAAUAGAGGUGUAUCAGACUUUGGAGGCUAUUGUGAUGAAUCUGAUAGAUUGUUUCAUGUUAGUGCUUCAAGAGAAUUUAGUGAAGAAACAAUGGGAUUAUUUUGCCAAUCAUUAGAAUUAAGAGGAACAAGAGGAGGUGUAACAAAGAGUACAGAAACAAUGACUAAAAUACUAUCAAACAAAGAGUUACAUAAAGACGGUUAUGUAAAAGAAUUUAUUAAUCCUAAAAAUAGUUAUAAAAUGUUUUGUGCACCAACCAAUUUAUUUGUAUCAUCUAAAACCUUUCAAAAGACAUUGUUUGUAAAUGAUAAUCGGUUGUACAAGGAUAUGAUUAUGAAUGUUGAAAAGAAUACUGUUUGGUGGAUCACUAUCGAUCAAUUGAUCAGUAUCAUUAAAGCAAAGACUGGAGAGAUGGAGUUUGAUGGUCGUACCGAACGAUUGUUUAGAAACUUUUUAGUAACGAUUGAACAACCUGAAUUUAUGGAAUUUAUCAAUAAUCUAAAAGCAAUGGACUUAAAUCAAAUAUUACAAUUACAAACUUCUUUAUGGAAGGAUUCAUAA